UUUUCAUCCACUUCAUCGCUCAUUUGAAAUUUAUUCUCUCGUUCCUCCUCUUCCCUUCCUCCUCAGAUACUCCUCUGGUCACUUUUACUCUAUCUGAUCAUCAUCCUCCUCUCUCUGUCCUCAUUCUUUGCGGGCUGUCUAACGUCUUCCCUCGCCAAGCAUGGCGCCCUCCAUCCCCUCCGCCAAGUUGACCCUUUCCUGCCCUCUCUUCGCCGCUGAUUUCGACCCGCGCAAUUCCGGAGUUCUGCUCGUUGCCGGUGGAGGAGGCGAGGGUCGCAGUGGAGUGGGAAACAAAAUCGUCCUUCUCGAUUCCUCCAAGCGCCAAACACUCUCGCCAGUCGUUGAUAUUGAAUUGUCACGCAAUGAAGAUUCAGUGACUUCCCUGGCAGCUGCACGGCCGAAUGAGAGCUCGAUCAUCGCCUUGGCUGGCAUCAACAGUUCCGUUGAAGAACAGAAGCGCGAUAACAAUCAACAUUUACGGUCCUUUCGCAUCGAUUAUCCACCGCGCAAAGCUAUCUCCGGGCCCGAUGAGGUAGAUGGGCCGUCGGAGGACAAAUCAUCUGACGCGGCGACUCCCGGAAAAACAACACCUCUGUCCCGCGCUUCGCUCUUCCGCACCGUCAAAGGCUCAAAACCCUCCGACACCUACCAACGGCUUCUGCGCCUCUCCCCAUGGAGAGCUAGUGCGCGGUCCCCUCGAGUGGGUGCCAUCGCCACUGGCCUGGCGGCAAUCGGCGAGAUAGUCUUCUUUAGCGUGACAGCAACACCUGGGCAAUCGGACGUUAUCGGUCGAAUCCGCCUAGGCAGCGAUGAGGAAGCGGAGGAUAUCGAUAUCAUCGACCUGAACGAUGAAGAUGGUACAUUUCGUUUUGCUUACACCAACGGCAUGGAUCUUUUUGUAGGCCAGAUUACUGCCCAAACCCGCUCCAAUGCUUCACCGGACGUGCAGUGCGUUUAUACAACACCGGCCCCGGAGAAGCGAUCUCGGACUAGAUCCAAGUUCCGGGCGUUGCGCUUCCUUUCGCCGACCAGUCUCUUGCUCCUGCAGAAUGCUCCUGACCGUAAAGGUUGUGAGCUCAUGAUUAUAGAUCUUCGGAAUGCACUCGCUACAACUCCGACGGGAAAGACACAGGAGCAGAAGGUUACUGGGAAAGCAGCCAUCAUCCGCCGCAAAAAGCUCCGUAGGACUAUCAAGAUUGGUCUGGGCCUAGAUAUCUGCCUUCUGGGCUCUGGGAGCGACGACUCGAUGAAUCAGCAGCAGCAGGCCAUUAUCGCAGUCACGGGAAGCGACCAGUCAAUUGAACUUCUGACGCUCGAGUUCGAUCCGCUCAGCAGCCGAGGCGGCUAUGGCGCUCUACGUCGCUAUACGACCCUCCUCGACGUACACCCUUUCUCCAUGACCAAGCUCUGCUUCGCUCCCUUCUACCCGCCUACGCAUCCUGUCUCAGCCGAGACUCCUCCGCAGUACAUCAAGCUGGCCUCGGUUAGUAUGGGCAACACGGUUGUUGUCCACACUCUUCCACUCUUGCCCUGCCCUCCCACAAGCCGCCAUCCUCGCUACGUCUUGUCCAUGCCCGGUGAAUCUGAGAUAUGGACCAAUUUCUCUAGCGGCUUUGCCGCCCUUCUCUCCAUCUUCAUCGUCUGCUUCGUCCUGCAAGCCUUUACCGAGAUCCGGGGGGCCAUGCCUCCUUAUCUCGGCGCUACGGAUUGGCUACCCCCGCAUAUCCGGGAGGCUGUGGCUCGGCCGUAUUACUCUCCCUCUUCUCCCCUUGCGCCAUCUCCUCUCCCUCCCCCGGAGCUGUCUACUUCAUCCCCGGAACCGAAUGUGGCAGCCAAAGCCCCGGCCCACCAAGUCUCUGACUCAUACGCAUCCCCAUCUCCCUGCCCCAUCCCUCUCCUCAGAUCAGGUGAGCAGCCGUCCUUCAUCUCCUGGGACCCAGACACAAACCUACUGCUCGUCAACUCUGCUCCAGCGGAUUCCGUAUCAUUCUAUCGCCGUUGGCGAGACGUCGGAGAGGCUGACCGCGCCUGGUGGAUCCAUGAGCUCACACAAGCAUGCUACGGUUCCAUUUCUGAGUCCGACUUAGAGUCCAGGUUCGCGGCGGACGAUGACGCGGCUCAGAGCGGCGUGUUUUUCGGCGAGUUGUGCCCUACCAGGCCGGCUGGAGAUCGGUCCUGACCUUUUUGGUUACUCUCUUCUGCACCUGUUCUUCGCGGUUGUUUCUAGUCUCCCGCCAUCUCACAUAAUCCCCGUGUGCUUAGGAGAUAUACGCCAAGGGUUAAGGGCAAGGUGAGUGCGAUACUGAGACCGACGUCCGUCUGCCUCGUGUUGACGGAUAGGAUAUGACGGAAUGAUGAUGGAGGGUCGGGUGGUUUAUACCUUCAUGCACUCGCUUGGUUGUUGCCGCAGUGGAAGCAGGUCGCCUGAACAUUUUUACUUCAGAGCCAAACCAUCGAUUGCGAUUGAUUGUGGUCUUCUUUCUUACAUAUCUACUUGCCUAUCAUCCUGUGCUGUAUUUACGAUUGCACGUUAGGGAGCCUGUUUUGCUAUGAUAUAUCUUUGCAAUCUCGCAUUACAAUACUGAAACAAGCCGAGGAUAUGGAAUUAAUUAUUUUGUUG